AUGUCUUUCGCUGCUUCUUCAAGCCAAGCCAAGUUUGCCAAGGCCGAAAACGACAAGGAAAAAGAGGUUACACCCACGAAAAUUUUAACCAUUGCGAUCCGCAAACGCCGUGAGUUGCUCGAGGAGAAGGAAGCGGACCUCCGGCGCGAGAUCCAGCAUAAAUACAUGAUUCAGAGUCUGUGUCAGUAUCUGGGCGAUUCGCGCGCCAAGAAGCGUCGGCAGCGCCGCAAGAACAAGAAGUCCAAGAAGGAUGGGGAAGGUGGGAGCGUCGCGAAAACGGGCCCCGAAUACGAGCAGGACUUUGGUUAUGGGUCGGACAGUGGAUUCAGUUCGUAUGCGAGCCCAUCGUACAGUCAGCAUGGUCUGGAACAACUCGGAAUCCGAGACCAGGACCAGGUUCUUCAGGUAACCCCACAGAACUCAUGUUCUUUUUCCGAUACCAAUCCCAAUGGUCCAUUCGAGCAAGCCAUGUCCGGACUGUCUGCUGCUACUGGUUUUGAUGAGGUGAGUUCACUUUAAAAUUGAUUUUUUUAUUGUACUAGGUUAAUAUGGAUGAAGAAAAAAUCAGAGGUUAUUGGUCUAACGAUAGAUGUUUUUGGCUAUCUUUAAGUAGAAUAGUGUAUUACACAGCUCGUAGGGUGUGGAUUGUUUUGUUUUUAGCGUUUUUCCGGCAUCAUUUAUAUUACACUUGAUGUCUGAUGUCUAAAUUAAUAUUUUUUUCAUGAUUGUUGAUGGUUUUAUGACUCCAAAUGGAUAGAUAUAGGUAGUAGAAGCUUCUAGGUGUCUAACGAGAGUAGUUUCUUUUAUUUGGACGACGGAUUUUUUGGUAGAAAUUCAAAUUUCUUGAAAAGUUUUGAAUUUUUUUUAUUUUGAAUAAUUUAUUGGCAUUUUUCAGAACUACGAUCCAUUCCAAGGCUACUCGGGCUUCUGGUCGCCCAGUCCAACCUCAUCACGCGAUUCUUCGCUCUCCGAAUCCUGCUCCAGCAGUGCAAGUUGGGAGAAUUCACUCUCUGCUUUCAGUUACGAAACGGAUUUCUCUGCGCUGCAGCCUCAGGUGGUGGAACACGAUGGCUACAGCCCACCCUCGUCUGAUCUCACCCCGCUGAAACCGAUGAAACGCCGAUGGGACUGCGGCCCCGAAGGCAUGGACAUGAAACGGACCCGCGUGGAGCCAGUACAAGGUUAAUAGCUAUUAUAAAGUGGUUUUCCCUAGAGAUCUCAUCAGUACAAUAUAGACGUAUCAUUUGUGGACUCGUGGAUUUUAUUUCUUGCACCUUUUUUUGGUAGUUUCUUACACUUGCAUUCGAUUUUUAGGGAUUUUUGUCUUGAGCAUACCACCUUGAAGUAGGUCGAGUUUAGAGGUCUGAAAACGACGUUUCCCCUUCUUAUUGUCCCCGUCUUUUGCUCCCGAAAUGUAAAACAAGACUUGAACUUUAAUUUUAGACUGCUACCAGCGCACCGGGUCGCGGUAUUGGACGGCUGUGAGCUGCUGUUAACCGAGCCAUCUCCGCAGAAGAGAGAAUUCGAAAAAAGUUUUUCAUUUUGAUUUCCUCUCGUCUAAUUUAUCGUUACAGACUGUGCGCGAUACAAUAUCCCCCCACCACUCGUACGGCUCCAACGUUACAGUUGCCGGAACGGUGAGAAAACCGGAGUAAUUACCUUAUUUUAGAGGAGAUCUCAAAUAGUUGUGGUAAAAAUUGCAAAUUUCUGCUAG